AGGAGUAAUAAUAGGCGUUAUCAUUGCUGUACUUAUAGUUGUAUUCAUCAUAAAGAGGUUGAAAAAGAAAUCGGAAAAGGAUCCAAGAAAAACAGAAGACGCUGAUGAAGAGUCACAGAGGUUAAUUCCAAUGAAUAUUUUCCCUGAACAAAGAUAUGGAAGUCGAUUAAUUGGAGGCUAUGAGAUAUGGAAAACAAGUAUAUCAGAUCCAUUCUCCACACUGUCUGAUGACGAGGUGUCCGUGUUAUUCUGUUUUCUGUGUUCUGACUCCGGUCCUCCUGACUUCACUGACACAGAGUGGUUGGACUUGCUUAGUGAUAUACGACGGAGAGGGUACCGUAAAGAGAAUCCUGUAACAAGUGAGGAAGCACAGCAGACUCUGGACAGACUGAAGUCACGUGAUUACAUUUGGGAAGAUCAGGACAAGAUAACGAAGAACAUAAAGGAUGAGACAAUGUAUAGGAUAGCAUCAAUAGACCGUGAUAUACCAUUCUAUUACAGUAGUUAUGAUACAGCCAGUGUGUACCUGAGAUCAAACGGAUACAACAGAAAACCUGGAGAGAAGUGUGUCAUUUGUAAAGGUGAUGAGUCCUUACUGAUACGCCGUCUACAGAUGAACAUACUGACUCACGUCACCAUGGAGGACACGAAUAUAUAUGAGCUGUUAGUCCGGUUUUUAAACACACCGUACAACGAAAUAGGGGGGAAUCUAAGUGAACGGACGCAGUUAUUAAUAACCUUAACAGAACAAGGAGAGGCUGUACAUUACAGAGGAAGAUCACAUGACAGUGUAGAUCACGUGACGUGGCUCUGGAGAUACGGGGACUGGGCGAGACCUGACAUCGUGAGAUCCUGUAUAGGUCUACAUCCACACAAUGACAUUUACAUCAUCGACAACAAAGCUUACAGAAAACCAAGUAAGUAUGGACUACAAAAUCAGAAACACCUCGGACCGAUUAAAAAAGAGAGAGUAUUAACGGCAAACGGUUAUAUAUGA